ACAAAAAUAUUUUUCAACUAAUUUUCCAAUUCAUAUAUAUAUAUAUACUGAAAAAAUCAACUCCCGCGAGCUCCGCCACCAACUCCAAGAAAAUCUUGAUAAACCCUGUUGGAUUCUACCCUCCAGGCUCCAGUAAUGGCGUCCGCUGCAUUUCUUCGUCUGCCGUCGUCAUCUUUUGCGCUUUCGUUCAAAUCAAACCGGCCCUUUUCUCCUCAAUCUCUUUGCGUCUCGAAAAACCUAAGCUUUACGGUCAAGGCAUCAACAUCGCUCGACUACUCUGCUCCAUCGAAAUCUACUUCCAUUUCCAAGAGCAACUCCAGCAGCUGGAAAUGGAAAUUUGAGGGGAACUCUGUGAAUAUCCACUUCGAGAGACUGGAAAAGGACGGAGCUGAUGAUCGGCCACGAAGGAAUAUUCUUAUGGUGCCUACAAUUUCUGAUGUCAGCACCGUUGAGGAGUGGAGGCUUGUAGCGGAAGAAAUUGUCGGGAAGAAUGGUGAGAUCAAUUGGAGUGCGACUAUUGUGGAUUGGCCCGGUCUGGGGUACUCGGACAGGCCGAAACUCGACUAUAAUGCUGGUGUUAUGGAGAGGUUUCUGGUGGAUUUUGUCAGUUCCCCUGAUAGUCCUAUUUCCAACUUUGUUGCAGAUAAUGAGUAUGUGGUCUUUGGAGGAGGGCAUGCUGCAACCAUAGCAGUUCGGGCUACAAAAAGUGGUUUCUUGAAGCCGAAGGCCAUUGCUGCUGUUGCUCCCACCUGGGCUGGUCCCCUCCCUAUUGUGUUUGGUAGAGAUUCAAAUAUGGAGACUAGGUAUGGCCUUCUAAGAGGCACCUUGAGGGCUCCUGCUGUGGGUUGGAUGAUGUACAAUGUGCUGGUCAGCAACGAGAAGGCAAUCCAAUCACAGUACAAAUCCCAUGUAUAUGCAGAUCCAGAGAAUGUUACUCCUAGUAUUGUUGAGAGCAGAUAUGAGCUUACCAAACGGAAAGGUGCUCGUUAUGUGCCUGCUGCUUUUUUAACUGGAUUGCUUGAUCCAGUAAAUUCCAGGAAGGAGUUUGUAGAACUAUUUGCAGGACUAGAGGGAAGAAUUCCUGUCUUGGUUAUGUCAACUUCAGGCUCGCCAAAGAGAUCAAAAGCCGAAAUGGAAGCUCUCCGAGGAGCAAAAGGUGUUAGCAAAUUUGUUGAAGUGCCAGGUGCUCUUCUUCCUCAAGAAGAGUAUCCGAAGGUUGUUGCUGAUGAGUUAUAUAGGUUUUUGCUGGAGAUUUGAAUCAAAGGCUUAAGAAAUUAUUCACACUUCCAAAAUGGUGGAAAACAGGAGAUAAAUGGUCAUCUAUAUUUGAUAGUUUAGCAAAUAGUGGCAAGUGCAGUUUCCUUCAACCUUUAUAUGAUUUUCAAAGUGAUUAUACAAUGUUGUGGAUUAAAAAUGUUGAACCUGAUAUAUGUAGAGUCACAACAUUUACAUAAUAAGUUCAUGGGAUAUAUCAUCCCAUUUUGUGUAAUACCUGAGAGAAUGAAUUGACUUUCAGUCACUUGAAUAUUUUCAGGAUCUAUUAAUUUUAUUAUGAGAUGGCAUCAAAUUUCACAUAUAGACAGUA